AUGGCUAAAAAUGACGACUCCGCGCCGGAUCUGAAGAUCCUCGGGGACCAAAUCACACUCCAGCCCAGCGGCUACGUCAAAACCCAACGCGACGACGAGAAGGAGGAGGCCCUGAUGAAGCACAUGGCCCGCUUCCGCUCCGAGCCUCUACAAUUCCUUCGCGAAGUUUCCCUCUACGUCUCCGGCACCGGCUGGCGCGCCUACGACAAUGCCAUCGGCCAGCCCAUCUUCUACUCCGGCUUUAGCGACAAGAUCAAGGAUGCCGUGCUGUCGGCGCCACUACUACAGUCGCGCAUCACCGACCUCGCCGAGAAGCGCAUCGCUGUCGAAGAGAAUGAGGGCUUAUUAAACAAAAAUGACAAGGACUUUGAGUUGAAGCGUGCGCGGAGACGGGCCGCCAUCGAGACUGGAAUUCAGGAGGUUGCCGAGAAAAUGACCGACGACAUGAUCUGCAAGUUCGAAAGCAAGACCUUUAUCCGAAGCGCAUAUUAUCUGGUCACGCAAUUGACUCUGCGCGCCUAUCACCAAGGCAUCCACGUCUCUAGCGAGGAGGUUCUGAGGCUACGAAAGGUGGCGGAGGAGGCCGAAAGCAAGAAGCAGAGCAUCAUCUUCUUGCCCUGCCAUCGAUCGCAUGUCGACUACGUUUCGCUGCAGCUCAUCUGCUACCGCUUAGGACUCGGCCUACCGGUUGUCGUAGCUGGAGACAACCUUAACUUCCCUCUAGUCGGAAGCUUCCUGCAACAUGCCGGUGCCAUGUGGAUUCGGAGGUCGUUCGGCGAUGACAUCCUUUACACGACAUUGGUGCAGACGUAUAUUGACACCCUGCUACAGGGAGGCUACAACUUUGAGUGCUUCAUUGAAGGCGGUCGCUCAAGAACAGGCAAGCUGUUGCCUCCAAAGUUUGGUAUCCUCAACUUCAUCCUCGACAGCAUCCUGUCUGGGCGAGUUGAGGACGCCGUCAUCUGCCCGGUCAGCACACAGUACGACAAGGUCAUUGAAACGGAGGGCUACGUUACCGAGUUGCUUGGCGUGCCCAAGAAAAAGGAGAACCUCGCAGAUUUUGUCUCUGGAGGCUCAUCCGUCUUGUCCCUGAGGCUCGGCAGAGUCGAUGUUCGCUUCCACGAGCCUUGGAGUUUGCGUGGGUUCAUCAAUGAGCAGCUUGUAAGGCUGUCUAGAUUACCUACGGGCCUCAACCUGGAUACGAAGAACCCCGAGAAUACCGCAAUCCGCCAGAAGCUCCUGCGCACACUCGGUUACAAGGUGUUGUCAGACAUAAAUGAUGUUUCCGUGGUUAUGCCUACUGCUCUGAUCGGCACCGUGCUGCUCACCCUCAGAGGCAGAGGCGUAGGCAAGACGGAGCUUGAACGUCGCGUCAAUUGGCUCACUGACCGAGUCCGGGCGAAGGGCGGUCGUGUUGCCCACUUUGGAAAUGCGCCCCUCUCCGACAUUAUCGAGCGUGGCCUGGAGGUAUUGGGCAAGGAUCUGGUUGGCGUCGUAACAGAUCUUCCAGAACCUACCUACUAUGCCGUUGACAGGUUCCAACUCUCGUUCUACCGAAACAUGACCAUCCAUCUGUUCAUCUCGGAAGCUAUAGUGAGCGCCGCGAUGUACAUGAAAGUCAAGCAGGGAGGUGGCCCAACCAUGCAGGAUAUCUCCUUCAAGGAGCUUCAGGACCAGAUUCAGUUCCUCUCUUCCCUGUUCCGCGGCGAGUUCAUCUUCCCCAGUGAUGGUCUGGCAGCGAACUUGGAAAAGACGCUGCGCGACCUCGAGGCGGAUAAGGUCCUCAAACUUCACAGAGACGAGGAGGGCAAGGUUGUAGUAGUCGGCCUGUCGGAUCACGAGAGAAUGGUUGGACGGGAAAACUACGACUUCUACUGCUUCCUUAUCUGGCCGUUUAUUGAGGCCAGCUGGCUUGCGGCGGUUUCUCUGAUGGGACUGGCAACACCGCUUGGCCAGAAGGACGAUAUCUGGAUUGAGGUGGGCAAAGCCCAGAGUAGUGCACAAGUGCUCGGCAAGACACUUUACCAUCAGGGCGACCUGAGCUACUUUGAAGCCGUAAAUAAGGAGACCCUGAAGAACGCGUACCAGCGCUUCGAAGAAGAAGGUAUCUUACAAGUUGUCAAAUCCAAAGACCCCAAGGUUCCACCCCGCCUGCGUCUCGAUCCCGAAUGGUGUCCUACACGCGACCCAGAGACGGGCGCCCUCAACGCCUCGGGUCGUCUCUGGGACUUUACCGAGAAGAUCGCCUCCAGCCGCCGCGAAGGCAAGAACCGUCGCGACGGGGCCACCGUUAGUACCCGCGUGCUCCGCCUGACGGAUCUGCUCGGCAGCAAGCUGUUCGAGGCGGCCAAGACUGGGGAUAAAAAGGGGGCGUCGCCGACCCUUAGUAUGGAGGACGCGAGACAGCUUAAGAAGAGCGUCAAGGAGCAGAGGAGGCGUAGGUCGCUGGAGAACCGAGCACAUUUGUAA